AUGGCGGAGAUGGAGCACGCCUUGAUUGAUCAUCUCCUGCCGGGCUUCCGGUUCCAUCCCACGGAUCAGGAGCUCGUAAGCUUCUUCCUCCGGCGCAAGGUCUUCCAGCAGGGACACGGUGGAUUCAUCCCGGACGUGGACCUCUACAAGUUCGAACCACACCAGCUACCAGGUAUGCACGGCGGUGAUCACCUCUUUCAAAUCACACACAUGAUCCAUUCCUGUAAUUUAACCCGUCCGUCACUACCAUUUAAGAAAAUGAACCUACUAGUACCAAUCAAGUUAUUUCUUUUCAUUUCCAAAUCAAACAGAGUAUAUAUAUGUCAACUCACUUUCCUUACGUUCCUUGUGUUUCGCCUACAUGCGCGCACAGCCAAAUCAUUCUCACCCAGCACAACCGACCCGGAGGCAAAAGUUGAGUGCUACUUUUUCACGCCGAGGGGACGAAAGUACCCAACCGGGCUUCGCAUGCUCAGGGCGACUGUCAAAGGGUUCUGGAAGUCUACCGGGAAGGACCGACCCGUCAUGCACAACACCAUCAUCGUCGGCAUGAAGAAGACACUUGUGUUCCACCUCGGGCGAGCGCCUCGCGGCACGCGGACCGACUGGGUCAUGCACGAGUACCGUCUCCAUGGCAACCACGACCAUCACAUCCAGGUAUCUUCAUUUGGUUUUCAUGUCUUGAUACAAUAAUUGAGCUCCACGCCUCACAUACACCUGCAUGGUUAAUUUCUUCAGGACACAUACGCGUUGUGUCGGGUCUUCAACAAGAACAUGAUGUCCUCCGCGAUGAAUCUGUAUGGUGAUGCUGACACGGAUGAGGAUCUAAUGCAGCUCUUGCCAGACGACAUCGAGAUAGACACAGAUUUGAUGGACCAUGUGUCUGACCGCAACGGCUCGCACGAGGAUCCGAAGCAUUUCGUGCUUGGCGGUGUCGAGAUUGGCAAUGAUAUCAUGCAUUCUAUGCUCGAUGGCGUCGGAACAUACAUGGAUCCCAUACGGGUCGAUGCCGAG